AUGAGGUCCAGAAUCGUCGACUCGGGCUUGCCGUCAUUCAAUGCGCCCUUUACAGCCUGUGCCAAGCGUUCGUGCUUGAGCUCGUCCAUUUCUCGACCUGCUAGUCGCCGUGUCUCUUCCUCUUCCUCUUCUGUCUCUGCUUCUGCUCCCGAACCCCCGAAACGGCGUCUAUGGCUACGUCUUACUAUGCUGACUGCCACGGCAGCAGGUGUUGGCGCUUACGUUAGGUGGCUGCAAGAUUCCGGGAAGUCCACUCUGAACCCAUUCAGCUUCACCAAAUACUACCUUGUCUCCAAGGAACCGGUGUCUUCGACCUGCAGCAUUUUCGUCUUCAAACCUGCCAAUGCUGAUGGCAAUUGCGAAUUAUACGAGAAGGCGUGGCGGGCAGGAGUAUGGAGCGUGAUGUUCAAACAGCCACAACUGCAAAUUGCAAGAGACUACACUCCCCUUCCUCCGACUUCGUCGAUGACGUCGCAGGAAGAUGGUUCUCUACACUUCCUUAUUCGCAGAGAUCCCCAUGGCGAAGUCUCGCGGUAUUUGCAUGCUCUUGACUUAUGGACCGCAGUUGAAAUGCGAGGGCCACAGGUCGAGUGCGAAAUACCAUCAACCAUCCGAGACGUUCUUUUUAUCGCUGGCGGUACUGGAAUUGCUCCGGCUCUUCAGGCUGGCCAUACGCUGCUUAGCCGCACUGAUGGUUCUAGGAAACCAAGGAUACAUAUACUUUGGGCGAGUAGAAGAAGAGAGGACUGUCUGGGAGGAGUGAGCGAUACCAAGGCCACUGUGAAACCGAAGUCUUGGUUCUCUGGCUUCAUUAGAUCAGCAGAAGCAGAUCCUGCCCUUGGAGGUUCUCAAGAUAAGAAUACCUCUUCCUCGUUUAUUGUACGGGAGCUUGAAGCUCUCAAAUCCCAAUACCCGGACCAAAUUACGGUGGAUUACUUUGUUGAUGAGGAGGGCACGUCUAUCGGGAAGCAGACGAUUUCGGAUGUCAUUCAAUCUACAUAUGCUUCAAGUCCGUCCUCCGACAGCAAGCUGAUUAUGGUGUCUGGCCCGGAUGGAUUUAUUGGCUAUAUGGCAGGGCCAAAAGUCUGGGCGCAAGGAAUGGAACUUCAGGGUCCGCUCCAGGGUGUCAUCAAGGAGCUUGAUCUAAAAGAUUGGGCUGUAUGGAAGCUUUGA